UUAUUGGCUUGAUUAAGAAGCAUUGAUUGAUCGAUUAACCUCAUCAUUGUUAUUAUCGCAUUUAAAGGAGCAGUCUGUAGUUGUAUUGAAAGAUGAGAUGUUAAUGAGCACAGAAAGAUGUUCAUUGGCUGAAACAAAUGUAAUGAACAAACGGACGUGAAGGAGUUUUACUGUUUUAUGUGGCGGACCCUGCCACCUGUCUCACAGUGUAGUGGGACCUUACUGUAUUACCUCAUUAAUAUGUAAACAUCAAACUGUCAGUAUGACCUACACAGACUACUCCUUUAAAUCGUAAUUACAGGCUUGACAGUGAAGCUCGUCAGUCUGUCGGUCGCUUCCGGUUUCACUCCUGCCUCUUUAAAUAAAGCCCCGCUAAUGAAAAUCCACCGUGAACACCUCCUGCUCCUCCUCCUGCUCCUCCUCCUGCACCCCCCACCACCCCCCACCCCGCUCUCUGCCCGGCCGGCCACCGGAGCCGGUUCCCCGGAACACCGUAGGCUGUCCCGGUCGGUGUGUGCACGGAGCUGCAGAGAAGCAGCAGGUGUCCGCCACCUGUCUGUGUGCGCGCGCCUCUGCUGUCUAAUCCCUCCUUCAUCUUCAUCUUCAUCAGCAGCAACAGGUUGCUCCGCCCGUCCGGGUCCCAGCUCGGUGCGCCGUGUCCCAGCAGCGAGUCUCCUCGCCAGCCGGUCUCCGUGGUUCGGAGGCCUCGGACGGACUCCUCCGGUGUUGGUAAUUUCAGGCUGUGCGCUCGGUUCGGUGCACGGAGCGGCCCUGCUGGAGGGAGCAGUGUGGAGGAAGCAGCGGCAGGUGGGCGGUGACUGUCUGUACAUCAUUUGAGAGACAAGUAUCGGAGCUCUUCAUUUGUGACCUUUCUGUUUAUCAGAAGAUAAUGACAUGGUGGAGGCGGCGCCCCUGAUCGGGUGCGAGGGAAACCCUGGGCGUAGCGGUUGCAUGGAGGAGAGGCUUCUCGCAGCCGGCCCUCCUUCCAUCCCUCCAGCAGCUGUGUGCUUUAACUUUGGUUUAAUUGCCGCCGUCCAUUUGGGAAGAUCUUGAAGUAGAAGAAUGAGCGCCUACACCGUGUCGCUGCCCGGCCCCGGCCCCUGGGGCUUCAGGCUGCAGGGCGGGAAGGACUUCAACAUGCCGCUGACCAUCUCCAGGAUCACUCCGGGCAGCAAGGCGGCGCAGGGUAACCUGGUCCAGGGUGACAUCAUCGUGGCCAUCGAUGGCGUCAGCACGGAGGGGAUGACUCACCUGGAGGCUCAGAACAAGAUCAAGAUGGCUAACUACAACCUGGCGCUCACCAUGAGCAAGUCGAAGCGUCCCAUUCCGAUGAUGACACCACGAAUCGACGCCUCCGCUCUUCCCUCACUGAUCCCCCACCAACAGCCUCAGUCGGUGCAGGUCAACGGCCGACUGUCGGCCUGCAGCGCCUCCUCCGGGCCUGCAGAGGCGGCGGCGGUCAGCCCGAAUCAGAGGAAGCAGUAUAACUCUCCGAUCGGCCUGUACUCAGAGGACACUCUGAGGGAGAUGGCAACCAUUCAGGCGGGUCGGCCUGCGGGUUCUGUCCCAGUUAAAGAGCAUCUUGUAGACAGCGCUUCUGCCGUCUACCGGGCCGUCCAGAGUGCAGAGAAGGACCCAGAGUUGGGUGACAGGGGGUGCCACUGCACCAGCAUGCAGUCCAAGUCUUUCCAGGUCCUCACCCACAUGACCCAAACUGAGUCCACACCAGGAGAAAAGGAGGAGGUGCUUAGGAGGAGCAGCCCUACUGAGCAUGCUCCAGCUUCUGCAGACUCCGCCCCCACUGCUGCUCCACCUGCUAGCGCCGCCCUGCAGCCUUGGGAUAACGUCCCUGCUUCGUCUGACCCCGCCCCUCACAGUCUGAAGCGACAGUCUGCCGCUGGUUACAACUUCCAGCACAAAGCUGCUGUCUCCAGCCCGUACGCUCAGCCUCCUCUGAUGCAUCAGGCACCACAGGCCCCGCCUCCACAGCACUACCAGCCAAUCCCCCAGCAGUACCAGCAGCCUCCCAUGCAACAGUUCCCGCCCACACAGCAGAGCUCCAUUCAGAUCCCUCUUGGCCCCGCCCCUCCCAAGGUGGUCAGCACUGCCUGCAUCUACCCCUCCCAGCCAGGUCCGGCUCUCGCACCAUCUCUAAUCCCACCUCCUCAGCCCCGCCCCCCAGCUACUGCCCCCGCCCCUGCAUCGACUGGCCCCGCCUCUGCUGGCAGACCCCCUUGGGUGGCUGACCCCAACUUCGCUGAUAAGUUCGACCCCAGUAAGAUGACCACCACUGUGAAGGUGCAGCCACUGCCCCAAGCUGCCCCUCCUCCACCAGCAUACAUCCCCAAUCCCUCCCCCGCUGCACCUGCGGCUCCCAGCCCCGCCCCCAUCACACCAAGCCCCGCCCCAUUCUCUCCUGUGGCAAGGGGCGUGGCCCAGAGGGCGGAACGGUUUGCUGCCAGCAGCCGUACGCCUCUGUGUGGAGCCUGUAACAGCGUCAUCAGGGGCCCGUUCCUGGUGGCUCUGGGUCGGUCCUGGCACCCCGAGGAGUUUAACUGUCACUACUGCCACAUGUCUCUGGCUGAUGUCAGCUUCGUGGAGGAGCAGAACAACGUCUACUGUGAGAACUGCUACGAGGAGUUCUUCGCCCCCACCUGCGCCCGCUGCAACACCAAGAUCAUGGGGGAAGUGAUGCACGCUCUGCGGCAGACAUGGCACACCACCUGCUUUGUGUGUGCCGCCUGUGGCAAACCCUUCGGAAACAGCCUCUUCCACAUGGAGGACGGAGAGCCAUACUGCGAGAAAGAUUAUGUCGCUUUGUUCAGCACCAAGUGUCACGGCUGUGACUUCCCGGUCGAAGCUGGUGAUAAGUUCAUCGAGGCUCUGGGUCACACCUGGCAUGAUACCUGCUUCGUCUGUGCGGUGUGCCACGUGAACCUGGAGGGUCAACCUUUCUACUCAAAGAAAGACAAACCUCUGUGCAAGAAGCACGCUCAUGCCAUCAACGUGUAGACCAACGACCAUCGAUAACCACCGCAAACCACAGACAACAACUGUGUAAACGUGUGUGAACGCUCGUUAUGAUGCAAACUAAGAAGUUCACUUUGGUUUGAGACUUUUCUCUCUGAGCAUAAAUAUUAACCAUUAAAACGACGUAGCCUGAUGAUUCUGCUUCAAAA